CCUCCCUCCGGGCUCUGCCUCCGCUCACCGCUCACCGCUCAUGGGCGAGUACCACCGUCCCUACCGGGGCGACCUCCGCUCGCCGCCGUCCUCCGUGCCGGACCCGGCCUUCACGCACGCCAACGGCUACUUCUCCUCCUCCGCCUCCCCGAACUCCAACAACGGCUACUUCUCUCCCGUCUUCGCGAAGAAUGACGCUUUCCCUGGGACCGGCGCUGGCGCAGGCGGCGACCGGCGGAUCGAGAUCUACACCACGGCGCCUCCUCCGCACCUCCCGCCGCCACCCGGCCACACGCUGGCGCUGCCCCCGCCGCCGGGGUGGAAGGAGGGGCGACUGGGUGGAGGUGGAGGCGGAGGCGGCGCCGGCGGCGGCAGGAAAGCGGGAGGUGGUGGGGGCGGGGCCAGCAUGUGGUGCCUCAGCGAUCCGGAGAUGAAGCGGCGGCGAAGGGUGGCGAGCUACAAGGCCUACUCGGUGGAGGGCAAGGUGAAGGCGUCGCUGCGGCGCGGCCUCCGGUGGUUCAAGGGCAAGUGCUCCGAGAUCUUCCACCAUGGAUGGUAACCUCCGAUGGCUGGCUGGCUGGCUGGCUGGCCGGCUCUCCUUCUUGGACGGUGGCAGGCCCCCCCCAAGAAAGGAACCAAACUUCUGAAUAUGUUCGCGAUUUACUUUUCUUUUCCUUUUUGAAAAUAAUGAUGCUCAUGCUCCAGAUGUCUAUCUAUCUAUGUAUCUGUUCGCCUACUAAUUUCGAGAUGGAUUUGAGACUGUGAGUGUAUAUUCGUAAAGCUAUUUUGCCAAGGGAUGCGCGCUCUGAACACUCGAGCGGAUUGAUCUGUU